UAUUUCGAGGCGUUAAUAAACUUCCGCACUUUGGACCGGAUUGGUCGAAACCCUAAURAAUACACAAGCGRAAGAUUUYCAAUCUAUUGUCAUGUAAUCACCUUUCUUAUUAAAAUGCAAAUACGUUCUUGAGUCAGGACAACGUUUUGACUCUGUUCUUUGUGUCAGCAUGAUAGUUUACUUCGAAACACAGGAGAAGUUAUAAAUAUUCUUUCUGCUUGCGUUUGGUUGGUUAAUUGUAGAAGUCAAUAUGCUUAUUGGUGUGGACAAGUUCCUUAUUGCUCUGGUGUUGUCGUUUGGUGUUUACGUGGAAACAGUCUCCGUGAUUUGUCAGGUUAAAGAUGCGCUUAGAAGUCAUCGUAUAGCUGGAGUAGAAUGRAUUCUCUUGUCGAAUGCUGGCAUCUUCUUGAAAACAGCCAACAGUCUAACCAAUUCUUAUGGUGUCGCUGUUAUAGAGAAAGUGAUGCCGGGAUACUAUAAGGUCAGCGCAUCUAGAAUUGGUUACUACACGCUAAGUGAGGUCGUCAACAUCGGAGCUGAUAAAUCGGAUUCUGAAAUGAUUCACAUCGAUCUGGUAAUAUCGCCCAAACUAUCUCUGAAAGGCAACAUAGAUAUGUAUAGGGUCGUUCUGACAUGGGGUAAAAUACCACGUGAUUUGGACUCUUAUAUCUCAACUACAUGGCCAACUUCUGACAAGUGUAAACUUGGAAAGGUAUUCUACAACGAGAGAAAGUGUAUCCACGGCUCAGAAGCAAUCAGUCUCGAUGUCGACGCGACUAAUAUGCAUGGUCCGGAGACCAUUACGUUGAAGGGCGUGGCCUCGGGUACCUUUAGCUACUUCGUACACAUAUACACCAAUGGCGUAUGCUGGGACAAGAUAAAUGCAAACGUUAAGGUGUAUCAAGCGUCUACUGGUGGACUGUUGUAUAAUAUCGACCAACCGAAAUGUAGUGAAACUGGAACUGUCUUUUCCAAGUACAACUGCUCUCGAUACUGGAACGUCCUAACCUUUGACGCUUCAACAGCAAAGUUCAAGAUCCAUCCAGGACGAUUUACCAAAGACGCGCCAAAAUUGAUGGACAGAGGUAUUAUCAACCCGAAUUGCAACUGCAGUAAGAGAUCUUUUUUCACCGGAAGUGACGUAAUAGAAGCUGCAGAGAAAUUAUCAAAGGAAGCGACGAAGAUGAACGUUGAGAAACUUUGCGUGAACGAAAUGGAGAAGAUAUACAAAAACGCAAAAAAGAAAGAUGUWCGCCUCAAUCCUUCCAAGUCUGCUGCUAAAAUAGCAGCUUAUGUGAGCAACCAAAUUGAGGAAAAACGCCGACUUACGUUGUCGCUAAAGAAUCUUAUCGAGAAGCAAUACGAACAGCGUACUAGAGCUGAAGUCACCAUGAACCCCAAAGUGAUUGCCAAAAAACGUUGUUGCACUUACAGUGGCGAUACUAGCUAUUCUACCACCUUCAACAAAUGGGUCGACAGAAAAUCUAGUUGCUGGUCGUGGCCAAAACCAAUUAAAGAGAUGCCUUAUGAGCUGAUAGCAGCUUACUAUAGGACAGAACCGCUAGAAAAGGAAAUGAUAAAACACUUUGAUGCAGGCUCACAAAAGGGUGAGCUCACAUGGCAAUACUUUACAGACGACAGCACCGGCUUUUUCACCAAAUUUCCCGCCGAAGUCUUAGGCAAUACCAAAUGUGGUGCAAAGGAUCAACGUCUGCAGCCCUGGUAUAUAGAGGGAGUACGUGGACCCAAGAAUAUCGUCAUUCUCUUUGACAUUAGCUACGCCAUGAAGGAGGAGAAUAAAUACAAGUUUGCUCGGUCAGCGGUUGUCCAAGUGCUUGAUGGCAUGUUAAGCAARGAUUUUACCAACCUGAUAGCAUUUGCRCAAACAGCUCUGUUACCGGGCAUGACWCAUGGUAGGAAAACCGAUGACACUUAUAACAGCUGUCUCAAGUCGCAAUUAGUCCAAGCGAAUGGACAAAAUAAGCAGGAUCUCAAAAGAUUUGUUCAGGAUGUGAUGUUGGCAUCAGAAAAGACAGUCAACUACUACAACGCGAUAUCUACAGCUCUCAAACUUGUAGCAAACACAAAAAAUAAACGAGAUACACACUUGAUAUUUGUGACUGGGAGCCAAGAUACGUCCACAGAAAGCAUAACGUCCUUGCUGAGAAAUGCUACAACCACCAUCAGUGUCCAUGUAUAUCACCUUGUAGGUAAAGUAAAACACAGCUAUAUCAAGGACAGCAAAGUCAAAUUGGGCGAGAUGGCUUCAAUUAAUAGCGGAAAGCUCGAGACGAUAUACGAUUACAGCUCKUUAGCUUUUGUUAUGGGAAGAUUCUACAAGAAUAUGAAAAGCAAGCAAAACACAGGACCACAUCUGACMCCUCCUCAGAUUGAUGAAAGACUGGGAAUGUAUGUUAUAAUAGGUGUCCCGUGCUACACAAAAUCGAAGAAACUCAUUGGGGUCGUUGGUGUUGAUACAACGUUGAGUAAACUACUYAAGAAUACUGUGGUAUUCGGUCCAGGGGAGCUAUCGUACAAUUUUGUAAUCGAAACAAACACGGGGCGAGCUCUUAUCCAUCCUCUUCUACCUGUUCCUGAGUUGGUCACCAACGAACCAAUAUUCAUCAAAAUCACGAAUCUAGAACAGAGCCCAGGAUUUUCAGAGGUUUAUGCUUCGAUGAUGAGGAGGGAGACUGGAACGAAAGUACUGCGCUCAGAACGUGUGCUGUCACGUGGUAACCCGGAAUUUAAUGGUUAUCGUGGAGUAACUGCUAACUUUACCUAUUCAUGGAGACCCGUCAACAAUACAAACUUUGCUGUCUGCGUCGUCGUCGCUAACGAUGAACUUGACGAUAAGGCGAUAGUCACUCCACAAGCUGACCCAGAACCAGACCUUUAUCACCGAUAUGAUAUUGUCAAGUAUCUAAAAGUUGGUUCAAUCAUCGAAGACAAGCCUAUAGCAUUUUUAAACAAUAUAACUUUCCCGGCUACACUCUCAAGAUCAAAUUACUUUUUGAGUUCAAGCUGCUUUGAUGAUUCAUAUCGAUUUGAAAACACACCGGAAACGUUGGAAUUCGUGAAAGAACUAUCUGACUARGUCGARGGCAAGCGAAGUGUUCCUCCUGAGCAAGUCUUAAAGAAAGAAGUUCUCGCUGAUAUUAGAUUGACGAGACAGAUUGAAACAUGCUGGAAUCGAAACCCYAUGCGCGUMCUCGGGGCAGAUGCCGCGUGGAGGUACAUUGCAACGAAUUCUGGCGCCAUGAGGCAAUAUCCUGGCAGACAGACCUACAAUAAUCGAUAUGAUCCAACGACGCGGCCAUGGUACCAUGCUGCCAAGACACAUCCAGGAAAAGUCGUCUUUUCUGUACCAUAUUUGGACAAUGGAGGAGCAGGGCUGGUUGUSACGACUAGUCAGACGAUUAGCAGCGAUUCUAUGGUUCGAGCUGUUAUGGGUAUUGACUGGAAAAUGAACAAAAUCAGCGAUAUGGUGACUGGUAGUGGAGCUCUUUGUCGUCAGGACAACGUGGCCUGUCUGUUGAUUGAUUCCAACGGAUACAUCUGUUCGAUGAUAUCAUGUGCUAAUGGAAUAGCUAAAGACAGGUCAAGCAAUGUCCCCAUUUGUGUACCUUGUGUUUGUAGUGUACGAUAUAACCCUUGUGCAUUGCAUUACUAUCAGAACCCCAAUGCAGCUGUGGUAUGCCCGUCUAUAGCAAGAAACAAAUUGAGCACCAAAACUGCKUGUAAGAAGCCUGACACAGACUCCACAGAGCUGAAAGGCCCCAAGAUAAGAGAAUUGGAAGGAAGGACUGGUAAAGUCGAAGGAACCACGAGGUGCGGAGGUUAUAUCAUGGUACCUGUUCCUAACACCAAUGUAUAUCUCAUUGCCCUGGAUGGUGGACAUUGCCCAGACCCUGCCGUGAAAUGUCGAUCUUGUUCGAUGAUAUCAUGUGCUAAUGGAAUAGCUAAAGACAGGUCAAGCAAUGUCCCCAUUUGUGUACCUUGUGUUUGUAGUGUACGAUAUAACCCUUGUGCAUUGCAUUACUAUCAGAACCCCAAUGCAGCUGUGGUAUGCCCGUCUAUAGCAAGAAACAAAUUGAGCACCAAAACUGCYUGUAAYAAGCCUGACACAGACUCCACAGAGCUGAAAGGCCCCAAGAUAAGAGUAAAUAUAUCAUCUGCCAAUCCCACGGGAAACCGAAAGGUCUCGGGCAAUCCACCUUUGAAUCCUGGGAUAGUUUGCACAGGCAUAGUGUUACUAAUAAUCACAUGGGGUUAUUUUUAACUACUUUUAAAACAUUUCAAAAUUAUUUUAUAUUAUAAGCAACCAAGAAAUGCGCUGGUAAGGCUGUUGAUUUUUAUUCUCGUUAUUUUCCAUCGGGAAAAUGUGUGCUAUAUUCAGCUAUAUUACACAACAGAAAGUGUAAUGUUUUUAACAGUUCUCGAGUACAUGUAUUUAUAAAAAAUUACAGGGAUAUAUAUAAUAUAAAACACCAAUAUAGUCUAUCAAUUCUUUGAACUGAAUUAGUAGCUAACUUGGUAUAUAUAAGUGUGUUCUAGUUGACCUUCAUACAUAUAGCUUAUCAUGCAUCAUAGUGCUAUCGGAGAACAAUGCGCCCGCCAUCUUGAAACGAGUGAGACCCGAAUCACUUUGUUGUGCCUUAGAACAUUCAUAGUUACCAAGUCAAGUUAUCUAUCAUUACAUCGUAUUAUAUUAACUUGACAUUAGCUGAGAAGCUUUUAGUUUCUUUAGGAGUUAUAAUUUAGUGAUUCAAGUCCAACUUUUCAAGAUGGCGGACGCAUUGAUCUCCGAUAGUAUUCAUGUAUACCUAUUGACAAUUUCUUAUGGGCUAACUAAUAUAUAGCAGCUAUUUACGUAGUGACUGCUAGUCGUAUGGAGCCGAGUAUUGACUACAUUGAGUAACAAUGACUAAGUUSAUGRCUGCUCGUAAAAAAWUGGGAAAAUAAUUAAAAAUGAAAUUGA